ACCUGAUCUCUUCCUGUUUUCACGUUCGCUCAGUCUUCUCACCACAACCGCUGAAACUGUUCAUUCAAGACAACUGCAUCAGUUGCUUAACUACGUCUGGUUUAUUUGAUAAAAGUUCUAUCCCUCUACAAAACAUACAUAAUGGCCGACGUCGCAACAGCCGACCAACUCGACGACACCGUCGUCUCCGAGCCUCUGGACCUGGUCAGACUGUCACUCAGCGAGCGUGUUUUUGUCAAGCUAAAAGGCGAUCGCGAGCUGCGCGGUAGACUACAUGGAUAUGAUUUGCAUUGUAACCUGGUGCUGUCUGACGUCGAAGAAACAAUCUACUCGCUCGAUCCGGAAACCGAGGAGCUGAAGACCGUCGUGAAGCAGAGCGAGAUGCUUUUUGUCCGAGGCGAUGCGGUCGUGCUCAUCAGCCCACCGCAAAGAACAUGACGGGCGGGUGUAUGACUGAUUGAAGGAACGAGAGGGCCGCGGGGAUAUCUACUGUACAAUAAUAAUACAAAUGCCAUGCACGUCAUAGUAGCGGAUUGACACUAGCUAGGAGUAUGGAUAUAACCAAGGCGCAAUGAAUGAGUCAUUCGGGCAUACUUUGAUGAGAUCAUC